AUGUCGGAAAAUAACCAAGUCUCUGCUACCCAUCGUUCUAAUCAUACACAACAACCGCCAACGUCGAUUAUGGUGCCAGGACAGAGUAUGGACCCGAUACCCUCCUAUCGACCUACGAUAUAUACUCCUAUUGUGACCACACCAUCGAUAGUAUUACCUCGUGUUGGAAUAGUCCCAACGACACCACAGACGCCAAUCACAGCGACACCUAAUCAAUCGCGAAUUAUGGGCCAACCUAUACCAAGAGCGGAAGAAAAAAUAGAUAUAGCGACUUUAACUGACGCCAUGUCUUUUACGGGCGUAGAUCUAAAGGAAGAAUCGGACAUUAUUCUGAGAGAAAAUGAAAUACUACAGCAUCGUCAGUCGUUCGCUGCAGUACCGGACAGAGAUCGAUCAAGAUUACAGAGUUUCCUGAACCAGAUAAAACUAAGGAGUAUUGUCAAUAAGAUUGCAAAGAUACAGAAACUAAGCGUACACGAAGACGUCUACGCAUACCUUGCACUUGCUACUCAAGAGAGAAUUAGGUCGCUACUUGAAGAAAUGAUUAUUGUUAAAAACCAUCGAACACUCGCGGAUCAUACACACCAACCACCACUCGAUGAUAAUAAUCAGCCAAUGUAUAAACAUGUGAUAUCACAAGACGUUCGUUCUCAAUUACAUGCUAUUCAAAAAGUAGACGCCGAACAAGAACGCAGACGUCAUGAAAUAAUAUCCGAUCGACAACGUCGAGACCAGCCAGACAAGGGCGACGAUGGUAAUGAAGACAGGCUAGACGAAGGUUCGGGCUUACCACUGAAAAAGAAAAGACGCAAAGAAUCUGUCAAAGAAGGCUCUAAACAUCUGAGUGAAGAUGUAAUGAAAAAAAUCACAAAUCAAACAGCCCUAACAGCCGCUGGUGGUUUAACCAAAAGCUGGAUGUUACAGGCGACAAGCGAACCAACAUUACCUUCUCCAUCACCUACAGCAUCUUUGUCGACGACACCAGUACAGACACCGACAUCGACCAUACCAAGCACAUCACAAUCUACGACGUUAACGUCUAAGGCUCGGGUUCGUGGUCGCCCUUCUGCUGUGCGUGGAGGGAGGUCAUUAUCGAGUGGUAGAUUAAUACCAAGAGAUUCAGCAGCAAAUGUUACAGCACUUGCACCACCACCGCGUCAUGCAAACAGCACUGCAACUAGAGUGACGGUAAAAGAUGCGUUGUUUGUUCUAGAGAGAGACCGUGGUGGUGGAGGCUUGGGUAGUGCGCAAAAUGUUCUCAUGAAGAGCUAUGUGAAAUGGUUAAGGUAG